AUGUCACCCGCCGCCAUUAUCAGUAGCGAUGACGCCGCUAAGAGCGUCGAUGCUAAAGCUUCUGCUAAGACAAUAUCAAGAAACUUUUUACAUGUGAUUGAUGAACGUACUGGACAGUACUAUCAGAUUCCCAUUCACCACAAUGCCAUCAGCGCCAAUGAGUUCAAGAAGAUCAAAGCUCCUGACUCCGAAUACUAUGCCGACCAGAACGAAAAUGGAAUCCGAGUCUUUGACCCCGGCUUCACAAACACGGCUGUGGUGGAAAGCAAGGUCACCUAUGUUGAUGGCAAGAGGGGUAAAAUUCAGUACCGGGGCUAUGAUCUCGCGGACGUCGUUGCCAACAACAAGAAAUUUAUCGACACAGCCCAUCUUAUGGUCUUUGGAUUCUGGCCCACAGCUGAAGAAGGAGCAGGCUUCCAACAAAAGCUAUUUGAUGCGAUGCAUAUUGAACAAUGUGUCAUCGAUACCAUCCAUGCGUUUCCACGAACCGCUUCUACGACCCUCAUGUUGACAGCGGGUUUGGCGGCUGUGCAAGCUACUCAAAUGGACAGGAUCCCCGCUCACAUGGCCAAGAAUCUCUAUCUCGGAAAUCCCACCUUGGUAGAUGAGCAAAUAGUCCGACUAAUGGGUGUGUUGCCCAUCGUCAGCGCAGUAGCAUAUUGCCACCAUACCGGCCGCGAGUUCAAGUCGCCGCGAUCUGAUCUGACUUAUAUUGAAAACUUCUUGUAUAUGUGCGGCCACGUCCAAGAGGAAACUGGACUCCCUAAUCCCCGCUAUGUGCAAAACUUUGAAAGACUGUGGUCUCUUGUCGCUGAUCAUGAGAUGACUUGCUCGACCGCAGCGGUCCUCCUCACCGCUUCGUCACUGCCAGAUCCUAUCUCAUGUAUCAUCUCGGGUAUUGGAGCAUCGUACGGCCCACUUCACGGUGGUGCCAUCGAAUUCGCCUACAAGGAUAUGGCUGACAUUGGAAGCGUGGACAAUUGCCAGACGAAGAUUGAUCGGGUGAAGUCAGGCAAAGAACGCCUUUUCGGAUAUGGUCAUCGUGUCUAUAAAGUCACUGACCCACGUUCGGAACAUAUCCAAGCCGUCUUGGAGACACUAAAAGAAGAAAUCGAUAAUGACCCUUUGUUGAAGGUUGCUUUCGAGCUGAACAGGAUCGCACAAGAGGAUGAAUACUUCGUUUCCCGAGGAUUGAAGCCUAACGCUGAUUUGUUCGCGGCUUUCACAUACGGAGCAAUGGGCUUCCCUCCGGACUUUAUCCUCACCAUUUCAACUAUAUCGAGAACUCAAGGCCUGAUGGCCCACUGGAAAGAAGCCAUGUCUGGAAAACCACUUAUCUGGCGCCCAACGCAGGUUUACACUGGCAAGCUCGAUCUGAAAAUGGAAGUGUAA